AUGCCGCGGCCCGCGAAGCCUCCGAUGACCCUGAAGGAGGCCAAGCGGGCUUACAAGAAAGAGGGAGGUUUCCGAUACACGGCGUCCCAGAUGGCCCGCGCAGACAGGUUGGACGCACGUGAAGAGAAGCGAAAGAAAGAACUGGAGAAAGAGAGACAACGGGCGGAGAACAAACGGAAGCGCGAGGAGAAGCUUGAGAAGGAGCGCAUUGUCAGACAGAAGAUGUUGGACGAAGGUCGGAUCAAUGUGGAGGACACCUGGGGCAAGGUGACCGCAAGCCAACCCAGACUGAACAAAUUCUUUGGACACAAGCCGGCACUUCGAGCGACAAAGGAGACGACAGGAGAUCAACCUGUUGUGGAAGAUGAGGACAUGCAGGCCGCCGGUUCUACUGCCGAAGAUCCAGAAGAGCCGCCUCAUCUCCAAGAGGUCCGCAGCCCACCACAGACAUUCGCAGAGGUCGCACCUCCAGACGUGGAUGACUAUCAGCAAGGACGAAGUAAUGGCUCAACUGUGCAUGCUUCACCGAUACCAUCGUUGAAUCUGAGACAGUCACCAAAACUUAGAGAGCUGCGACCGUCGCAAAUCAAUUCCCAGCGACUUAAACCACGUCAGUAUGCGAAUGAAGGCAAGGUCGCGUCGCCGGAGAGGUUAGUAGGGAUACCACGGCCAAGGUCAACCUCUCCUAAAGCAGAGACAACAGCCAGUUUUAAAGAGCAUCCGAAAAGUCCAUCAACAUUCUCCAAAACGAACGAGAUCUCGGGGCAGUCGCCGUUGGAGAUACGGCUUCCACAGGAUGAAGUCGGUAGUAUCAGCCAUGAGAGUAAUAAGGCAACCAAGGGGUCCGACACAAGUGAGGAUAGUCUUGGUGCAUCAAAAGUGCUUCUGGACGAAGACUUCACCGAGGGUAUAGACGACGAGACUUUUCUCAUGCUCUGCGCAACUCAAAAAUCUCUUCCAGACGAUCUGUCAACACGGGAGAAUUCACAGAGUACAAGUCCACUCGGCAGUAACUUGGGUUGCGAUCCCCCGGGAUGUGAAGCAAGCCCUGUUACACUUACAACCGCUCCAAUCUCGCCGUCUCGAGUGCCACUAUCAAAGAGUCUUUCUGAAAGUUUCAACUCGGUGUUCAACGAAAUAGAGGACGAAGAUCUUAUUGCACUCGUCCAGGAAGUCGAGGCAGAAAUUGACACGCCGAAACAAACACCAACACCGUUAACCAGAGCUGGAAAGACGGCUCUCAUGGGCCCACCUCUAGCACCAGGGCCCAAGGCUCCGGAGACAACACGCAAGUCACAGUCACUGGACACAGAGAUCAAAUUGCAGAAGUCCGAAUUGCAAUCGGCAAGACUAAAGGGAAAGAGGAGACUUCCAUGGGAUCUUCCAAGGGAUGAUUUCGUUGACCUCGGACCGUCGACGCAAGCUCUGACGUUGGAGCUGCUGGAGCAGGCUGAAGCGAAAAUGAGAUGA